AUGGGACCAUCUGGAAGUGGGAAAACUUCGCUGCUUUGUUCGCUUGCUGGGAGACUAAAAGGCUCUUUUGGAAUUCGAUACCGUAUUGGCGGUGAAAUGUUUUAUAAUGGCGCGGCGCCUUCUGAAAACGUAAUCAGGUCGGUCACUUCGUUUGUGACUCAAGACGAUGAUGCUCUGAUGCCGUCUUUAACGGUACGGGAGAGCCUCCAAUUUGCUGCUGGCUUGCGCCUACCUUCGUGGAUGUCAAAGGAAGAAAAAAACCGGCGUGCGGAAGAAAUUCUUCUGAAAAUGGGCCUAAAGGAUUGCGCAAACAGUUUAAUUGGCAGCGACCUUAUCAAGGGUAUUAGCGGUGGGGAGAAACGGAGAGCUACCAUUGCGAUACAGAUCUUAACGGACCCGAAGAUUUUGCUCCUGGACGAACCGACAUCUGGUCUAGAUGCUUUCACGGCCACAUCUAUUAUCGAGGUUUUGCAAGGUCUGGCAGCCGAGUGGAGGACUCUUAUUCUUACGAUACACCAAUCCAGAUCAGAUAUUUUCCGUUACUUCCACAACAUUUUGCUGCUGUCUAGAGGUGGCCACCCCGUCUACGCAGGAAAGGGGGCUGAGAUGUUAUCCUAUUUUGGGCAGCUUGGGUAUCCAUGCUCCAAAACUACAAACCCGGCCGAUUUUGUUCUGGAUUUAAUCACAGUGGACCUCCAGGAGAUAACGCGAGAAACUGCGACCCGUUCAAGAGUGCAGUGUCUGAUCUCAAAUUGGGCAGAAAUGCCAGCGGAGUUAACUCGUCAAACGUCGACGAUUGCCACUCCUGAACAACUUGGAAGUCUUAUGAGACAAAUCAACUCCUUUCAUGUCAUUUUCCCUUUGGUCCUACGUCGAUCCCUGAUUAAUCUACGGAGACAACCCCCACUUAUCGCUGCACGGACGAUGCAAGUAGUUGGAAUGUCAAUUAUCAUAUCGUUAUUUUUUGCUCCUCUGCGAAACGACUAUGAGGCCGUUCAGUCGAGGAUGGGUAUCCUUCAGCAGUUCGCUGCUUUGUACUUUGUUGGGAUGUUACAAAAUAUCGCUAUAUACCCUAACGAAAGAGAUGUCUUUUACCGCGAACAAGAAGAUAACUGUUACUCCAUCGAGGCAUUCGUUAUACAGUACACGAUUCUCGAAGUCCCCUUCGAAAUUGCUUCCUCGCUGGUGUUUGGCGCCUUAAUGGCAUUUGCUAUUGGUAUGCAGCGGACGGUGGAGAUGUUUCUCAUCGCAGCCUUCAAUUGCUUCUGCAUUGUCAAUUGCGGCGAAUCGUUAGGAAUCAUGUUCUGCACGUUGUUCUCUCACGCCGGUUUCUCCGUCAACAUUACGUCGAUCCUUCUGUCCAUCGCCAACAUUCUCGGCGGCGUUAUGAGCCUCAACAUCCCCGCCGUUAUCCAAGCGUUUAACCACCUAUCCCCCAUCAAAUACGCGGUUGCGAACCUGGCCAGUUAUUCGAUGGCCAAUCACCAUUUCACCUGUAGUGAUUCCCAGCGCAUGCCUAGUGGCAACUGCCCUAUAGAGACAGGUGAACAGGCGCUGAAGCUAUAUAAUCUGGACAAGAACCCUGAGAUGAAUUUGAUGGCGUUGGGCGUAUGCACGAUCGUUUACAGGGUGGUUGCUUACGGGUUGUUGAAGGUAGCCAGAUCCUAUGGGUUUUGGGAGAGGGUUAAAGUGCUGUUUCGAAGGCAGCGAGAGGGAGACUGA